CCGGCACUGAGAGGCAGCACUGCUCCUUCCCUCGCACCCCCGCCGCCUCCCGCUCUGCUACAUGCGAGCCGCGGGCGAGCAGCGGGGCCAGCACGCCCGGGACUGCCCUGCUCCCCGCACGCCGCCAGUUCCCCGCAGCCCCCGCCGGCAGCCGCACCGUGAGUACCGGCCACCGGGGCCGCCCGGCCACACGCAAACUUUGCAGGCGUUCGGAGGGUGAUGAUGCUCCAGUAAUUUUCCCCGCUCCAUUGCCAGGCAUCGCUUUGCUUUCCUUCCGGGGAAGAUCAUUCCGCUUGUGAUCCUGCUGAGGAAAGAGACUCCGAUGGACUUACACCGGGCAGCGUUCAAGAUGGAGAACUCACCCUAUCUCCCCAACCCGCUGGCCUCCCCAGCGCUGAUGGUUCUUGCCUCCACCGCCGAAGCCAGCCGCGAUGCUUCCAUUCCCUGCCAGCAGCCGAGGCCUUUUGGGGUCCCCGUGUCAGCAGAUAAGGACGUGCAUAUUCCCUUUACCAAUGGCUCAUAUACUUUUGCCUCCAUGUAUCACCGGCAAGGCGGGGUGCCGGGAGCGUUUGCAAACCGCGACUUUCCUCCAUCCUUGCUUCACCUCCACCCUCAGUUUGCACCCCCCAACCUGGACUGCACCCCGAUCAGUAUGUUGAACCACAGCGGCGUUGGGGCUUUCCGCCCCUUUGCAUCUACUGAAGACCGGGAGAGCUACCAGUCAGCCUUCACGCCGGCCAAGCGCCUGAAAAACUGCCAUGACACUGACUCACCCCAUCUGCGCUUCUCGGACGCUGAUGGGAAGGAGUACGAGUUUGGCACCCAGCUCCCCUCCAGCUCCCCCGGCUCCCUCAAAGUUGAUGAUACGGGGAAGAAGAUCUUUGCCGUUUCUGGCCUCAUUUCCGACCGGGAGACCUCAUCCAGUCCCGAAGACCGAAGUGACAGAUGCAAAAAGAAAGCGACUUUGUUUGACAGCCAGGCUCCGAUCUGCCCCAUCUGCCAGGUCCUCCUUCGCCCCGGGGAGUUGCAGGAGCACAUGGAGCAGGAGCUGGAGAAGCUCACCCAGCUGAACAUCAGCAAGAGCUCCAUCCUGAAGGAUGCCAUGGCAGCGGGCACCCCCAAGUCAAUUUUGUUGUCGGCCUCAAUCAAGCGGGAAGGAGAUUCUCCGACAGCAUCACCCCACUCCUCAGACGACAUCCAUCACUCGGACAGAUACCAGACCUUCCUGCGGGUGCGAGCGAACCGGCAGACCCGGCUGAACGCUCGGAUUGGAAAAAUGAAACGGAGGAAGCAAGACGAAGGGCAGAGAGAAGGUUCCUGCAUGACUGAGGAUGACUCUGUGGACAUCGAGAACGAGAAUGGCAACCGCUUUGAAGAGUACGAAUGGUGCGGGCAGAAGAGGAUACGGGCUACUACCCUCCUGGAGGGAGGAUUUCGAGGUUCUGGGUUCAUCAUGUGCAGUGGCAAGGAGAAUCCAGACAGCGACGCCGACCUGGAUGUAGAUGGGGACGACACACUUGAAUACGGGAAACCACAGUACACGGAGGCAGACGUUAUCCCUUGCACUGGGGAAGAGCCAGGUGAAGCCAAAGAGAGGGAGGCGCUCCGAGGUGCUGUUUUAAAUGGUGGCACACCCAGUACUCGAAUAACACCGGAGUUUUCUAAAUGGGCCAGUGACGAAAUGCCCUCAACGAGUAAUGGUGAAAGCAGUAAACAGGAGACCAUGCAGAAGACCUGUAAGAACAGUGACAUUGAAAAAAUUACAGAAGACUCUGCAGUGACAACAUUUGAAGCGUUAAAGGCUCGUGUCCGUGAGUUAGAAAGGCAGCUUUCCCGUGGGGACCGCUAUAAAUGUCUCAUUUGCAUGGACUCCUACACAAUGCCCCUGACUUCCAUUCAGUGCUGGCAUGUGCACUGUGAAGAAUGCUGGCUGCGGACUCUGGGUGCCAAGAAGCUCUGUCCCCAGUGUAACACCAUCACGUCUCCCGGAGACCUUCGGCGCAUCUACUUAUGAAGGACCCAGCGGGAGGGCGGGACCCAGCUACUCGGCUCAGCUCAUCACACCAAGGGGGAGAAGAACGACGGCAACAACAACGACGACAACAACAACAACAACAAAAAAAAGGACGUUUUAAAAUUUAAAGAAAAAAAACCAAACCAACCAGAGACUCCAGACAUGGACUCGAGGAUACAGGAGCAGCGGGGAGCCUCGGCUCCCAGGUCCCGCAUGUUGAGACCUCCUUCAGCAUCUGCAGCGGGCAAAACCAAACCCUUUGUUGUGAAGCCCCCUUUUUUAAAACCAGUAUUCCCCAUCCACCCAUUCCCUGGAGCUGGCUUUGCAUCGCGGAUGGCUCGUGAGCCCUCCUUUGGACUGUGUUGUUGACCACUCUGCCCCCAGGAGACUGGGGAAGGGACCCUUGACGGAAAGAUGUUAAAUAACCUGUAACUUGUGUUCUUUGUUCAGUUUUUUUUGUUUUGUUUCUAUUUGUUUUGGUUUGGUUUUUGGUUUGUUCUGUUUUGGUUUUUUGUGGUGUUCUAGUGAUAAAAAAAAAAGGUUUGAAGAAAAAAAAAAAACACACCCAGGCAGAAAUGAAGCACAUGUAAUAUAGAUUAUAUAUGUUUACAAUGUUGUGUAUAAAUGGGAUAGACUCAAACAUUACAUACUAAUAAGUUUCCCUUUCUUUUUUUUGGGUUGUAUUUUUUUUAAAGAAGAAAAAAAAAUGAGCAGAGAACAUUAAACCCAUAUUUUUCUUGGUUCAGCAAAGUUUUGGCAUUAAAGUCAUUAGUUUAAAAAAAGUAUAUAUAUACAUAUAUAUAAUAUAAAUGGUUUAAUGUUCUGUGGUGUAUAUUUCCUCAUUCAGAUAUGAAGUUAACAGCUUUUAGUAAUGGCUGUAGCAUUGCCCAUAACUUACAGAACUUAUGGGGAGUAGAGGAGGUGGAUUUUUGUCAUUAGUUGUAGCUAAUGGGGCUAUUUAUAAUAGAAUCGUUAUCCCCGGAAAAAGACACGGCUUUUAACUCCUCGCCGGGGGACCGGGAUCUGGCUCAGCCCCCUUUGCCUUUCCCAGCUGGGGAAGGGGCAAACGGUGCGGAGCUGGAGGGAGGCAGCCCUGCCGGAGCCCUGUCCUCUCCCCCGGCCGGGAGCCCCUGCUCGAGGGUCCCACUGUCCCCCUUGUGCCUCCUCCAAGGCCGUAGCCCCUUCCCCUCCCUUGCUUUGCUUUCCCCCCGCCGUGGGCAGCGUCGUCUGGCCGAGGAUGCCUGAGCUGCUCCGGGCGCCCGCUGCCGAGGCAGGACGGCGGGGAAGCGGCGGGCACCGGGAGGGAUGGCAGGGGACGGGGGUGGCCUUGCUGGUGGCUUUGCCCAGAGAGGUUCGGCCGGUUCCCCGGCGGUGCUGGCUGCGGCGGGCCCCGGCGCUGCCCGUCAGGGAUGCACAGGCCCCGCAGAGCCAGCCCUGCGCCGCGCCGGCUUUCCCCGGCUCCCGCUCGCCUGGAGCCUGCGUUUUGCUAAAGAGGUUUCGGCAGUAGGACGGAGAGCUGAGCCAGCCCUGCCUCGGCCCCACGGCCAUCCCCCGGCGCUCGCCCGCGGGCUGCGGCCAGCAGAGAUGCUUCCAGCCAGAGCCAGAGGCUCCUCGCAGCCCCGGCUUCUUCCACGCAGUCCCUCGUGCUUGUCCCUGUCUCCCGUAUCCUCAGCCUUAACCAAAGCUGCCAUCUGGCCUGGUUUUUGUUGUUUUUUUUUUAUUUUAUUUUAUUUUCAGGACCCAAGAAACAGAUACUGAUCCAUUUCCCGAGGCAAACGCACGCCCCGUGUGCUGGCUUCUCCCUGCUCCCCGGGCAGUUGCAGGGUGCCAGCUCCCCAGAAGACAGGGAGAUGAGGAAGCUCAUCCCCCCCUGCUCCCACAGGGAGAUCCAAGCAGAUCCCACCUGGCAGCACAACGUGGCCGGGGCAUUUUAAGACAGUCUGGAAAUAGCAGUGGACAAGGGGUUUGGAGCUGGGACCCUCAGCGCCACUGGGCUGCCAGGGCCUUUCCGGAGAGGGAAGGGCUGGGGAGGCAGGAUGCCUCGGGGGUGAUGGUUCCAUCACCGCUCCCCUGUCCUCAGCUCGAUGCUGUUUUGCAGAGAGCAGCUGCCGUCCUCGUCCUCGGCAUCUCCCGAGUGAUUUCAGAAGGAUCCCACUGCACCCCUCCCAAAAAAACCCCACAAAUCGAAGGAGCUGUAUUUUAUAAGCGUCUCGGCAAAAGGCAACAAUUCCUAAUUGAGAGUUUCCCGGGUCCCCAAGCUCGUAGCGUGGUGGCCUUUGAGAUCAGAGAGCUGCAGCCUCCCCUGCUCGGGGUCGCAUCCCUGCGGAGCUGCCGGGGACCAGAGGAAGCCGAGGCAGCCCGGGAGGGUCCUGCCCCCCCCGGGGGAGGCUGCGGGCAGGGGAAGGGGCCGCAGCGGUGGCCUGUCACUGCUGGGGAGCCCCUGCCAGCAGCAGCCGGGCAGGGGAAGGGCCGGCACACGGAACUCGGGUCAGGAAAAAUGCUCGGGAAAAAUGUGUGGGAAGGCAGAGCUGGGUUGUAAGUGCCCCCCAUCCGGGGCUGCGCUGCCUGGGUGGCGGGGCUGGGGUCUCAGAGAUGGAUUUGGGGAGGGCGCAGUGGGUUUGGGAGGCAGCCGGGAAGGGGGAGAGGGCAGGACACCCCCACCCCAGCCCUUCCUCAGAAAUAGGGCCCCCCGGGAGGGAGCCAGGCUUUCUGGCGGGGGUUGCGGACCAGCUGUGUGCUGUAUGUACGUAUGUGUAAAACCAUAUGUAACUAGUCAUUGGUUCUUUGUUUUGGGGGUUACUUUUUGGUUAUUUUUUUUUUUGUUUAAAUUGGUAAAGCCAUCCCCUGUUUUCAAGGGGGGGCCUGUAAGGGGAAGGCUGGGGGGGGAGAGGCAUCCCGGUUCGUAACACGCAUCUGCCGCUUCCCCUCUUCUGUAAUGAGUUUAAAUGAUUUAAAAAAAAAAAAAACAAAAAAAAAUUGAAAUAUCGGAGUUACCUAUCUUUGCCCAAAGAAUCCCAGUUGCACAAAGCGAUAUUCCGGUGUGUCGAUGAUUGUGUGUCGGUGUAUAUUAUACAAAGAGGUACUUGUCACUCCCGUUUGUAAACUACAUUUGACAUUAAUUAAACAAGUAUAAAUCUUC